AUGUUGCGCCUCGCGGCCCGGCUGCUGGCCUUCUUCUGGAGGAGCGCGGAUGCCGGGGAGAAGGCGGCCGGGCGGCCGGGGCCGGAGCUCGCCGAAGGUGACACCAUGUUGAAAACUGUGCAGGGUGUGGUGACGAGGUACUGCAGUGAUUACGGCAUGAUCGAUGAUUUGAUCUACUUCUCCACCGAGGCUGUGACGAGCGGAGUGCUGCUGGAUGUCGGACAGGAAGUUAUUGCCGUCGUGGAAGAAGAUAAAGUGUCAAAUGGACUGAAGGCAAUCAGGGUGGAAGCUGUCUCUGAUAAAUGGGAAGGGGACAGCAAAAACCAUGGCAGAGAUCUGUCAGACUCCAGCCCCCGGAUGUUGAUUGGCUGUGUGACUUCCUUGAUGGAAGGUGCUGGCUACAUCAGUCAGACCACAUACUUCUCCAUGGAGAGUGUUUGUGAAGGUUUCAAGCCCUGCAAAGGGGACUGGGUGGAGGCUGAGUACUGGAUCCGGCCGGGCACAUGGAGCAGUGAGGCCAUCUCAGUGAAGCCACUGAGGUACAAGCGCGUGGACAAGGUCUGCAUCUCUAGCCUCUGUGGAAGAAACGGGGUGAUAGAGGACAGCAUCUUCUUCACCUUGGACUCUCUGAGACUGCCUGCUGGUUACCUACCUCGGAGGUAUGACGUUGUCAACGCAGUGGUAGUGGAGAGCAGCCAGUCAUGCUACAUCUGGAGAGCACUUUGUAUAACCCCAGUGAAAAGACGAGACUCUGCUACUGUUGGUGAGACUGCCGAGGAGGCCUACGGAACCCUUUUAUUGAGAAACAAAGGUGGUGUUGAAGUUACAAGGAUGACAGAUUUUGGAACACUGAGAGAAGGAGGAAGUCAGGCUCUGGUGAUCUGGAUAGAGAAUAAAGGAGAUGUUCCUCAGAACUUAGUCAGCUGCAAACUGGCUGGCUGGGAUAAAGCUAAACAAUUCAGAUUCCAAAUGCCAGAUAAAGACCACACAUGCCCAGUGGUGUCUUUUGUUUCUGUUCCUGAGGAGAAGAGUUUUUCAGAUGGAAGUGUUAAUUCGUUAGAUCUCUACAGAAUGAAUGAAAACCGUCAGCCACUGGCUAGCAGUUUGGUGAACAACAGAGAAGUCUCUCCAGAUGACUGUACUUGUAAAGGAGAAGAUGGAGGGGAAAAAAACACUUUACUGACGAAGCAGAUGACAGAGCCUGAGCCUGGGGGGCUUGUCCCUCCAGGGGGAAAAACCUUCAUUGAGGUUAUAUGUGAUGCAAAAAAUUCUGGCCGCUGCAAGGAACUCCUUUUGCUUUGUUUUUCUAAUUUCCUAAUUGGGCGAUACCUUGAAGUAAAUGUAGUCAGCAGUGAGGAGUCACUGAUAGCUGUCCGUGAACCAUUUUCUUGGAAAAAGCCUAAAAGUUCCCAGGCAGUAGCAUCCACAAAAACUACAGUUGUCGUGACCACCCAGAAAAGGAACUCAAGACGACAACUUCCAAGUUUUCUUCCACAGUUUCCAAUACCAGAUAGACUUAAAAAAUGUGUGGAACAAAAAAUUGACAUCCUGACUUUUCAGCCGUUACUUGCAGAGCGUUUGAACAUGUCAAACUACAAGGAGAAGUUUUCAACUUUGCUGUGGCUUGAGGAGAUUCAUGCGGAAGUAGAAUUGAAGGAGUAUAAUAUGAGUGGAGUCACCUUGAAGAGGAACGGGAACUUGCUGACUUUGGAGGUCCCAGGGCUAGCUGAAGGCCGACCUUCUCUGUACGCAGGUGAUAAACUGAUUUUAAAAACUCAAGAGUACAGUGGACAUGUCAUCGAAUACAUCAGCUAUGUGAUUGAGGUCCAUGAAGAAGAUGUAACUCUUAAACUUAAUCCAGAAUUUGAACAAACGUAUAACUUUGAACCUCUAGAUGUAGAAUUUACAUAUAAUAGGACCACCAGUAGACGGUGUCACUUUGCCCUUGAACAAGUCAUCCACUUAGGUGUAAAAGUGUUGUUCCCAGAAGAAAUUAUUUUACAGUCUCCCCAAGUGACAGGGAAUUGGAACCAUGCACAAGACACCAGAAAUGAUGAGCAGUCCACCACCAAGGUAAAUAGGAAAACCGUGAAGGACCAAACUAAACAUGAGAGGCAUGUUGGUGCCGAGGACCUGCCGGGGGUGGCGGCCUUUGCUGCAGAGAUGGGCGAUGUGGUAAAUGAAAUGCAAAUCUCUAAUGCAAGAGAUAAGGAAUUUUUCAACCCAGUGCUAAAUGAAAAUCAGAAGUUAGCAGUCAGAAGAAUUCUGAGUGGCGACUGCCGCCCACUCCCGUAUGUUCUUUUUGGACCUCCUGGAACUGGAAAGACGGUGACAAUAAUAGAGGCGGUUUUACAGGUACACUGUGCUUUGCCAGACAGUCGGAUUUUGGUCUGUGCACCUUCCAAUAGUGCCGCUGACCUCGUAUGUCUGCGGCUGCACGAGAGCAAGGUGCUGAGGCCAGCAGCCAUGGUCCGGGUGAAUGCUACCUGCAGGUUUGAGGAGACAAUUAUUGAUGCCAUCAAACCAUAUUGCAAAGAUGGAGAGGACAUCUGGAAAGCCUCACGCUUCAGAAUAAUAAUUACAACGUGCAGCAGCGCAGGGCUUUUUUACCAAAUUGGAUUGAGAGUUGGACACUUCACACACGUGUUUGUGGACGAAGCUGGGCAGGCAAGUGAGCCAGAAUGCCUGAUUCCUCUGGGGCUGAUUUCAGACAUCAAUGGCCAGAUCAUACUGGCCGGAGACCCCAUGCAGCUCGGCCCAGUCAUCAAGUCCAGACUGGCCAUGGCCUAUGGGCUGAACGUGUCCAUGUUGGAAAGGCUGAUGUUGCGGCCAGUCUAUCUGAGAGAUGAAAACGCUUUUGGAGCCUGUGGUGCAUACAACCCCCUGCUGGUCACAAAGCUUGUGAAGAACUACAGGUCCCACGCUGCGCUGCUGGCACUGCCUUCUCGGCUUUUCUACCACAAGGAGCUUGAAGUCUGUGCAGACCCCAAAGUGGUGACCUUGCUGCUGGGCUGGGAGAAACUACCCAAGAAAGGCUUCCCUCUCAUCUUCCACGGCAUGCGGGGCAACGAGGUACGUGAAGGAAGAAGCCCAUCGUGGUUCAACCCUGCGGAGGCUGUCCAGGCCAUGCGCUACUGCUGCCUCCUGACCCGCAGCGUCUCCAGUCAGGUGUCCACCAGUGACAUUGGUGUCAUCACGCCCUACCGGAAACAGGUGGAGAAAAUCAAGAUUCUUUUGCAAAAUGUUGAUCUGAUGGAUAUAAAGGUUGGAUCAGUAGAGGAGUUCCAAGGGCAAGAAUAUUUGGUUAUCAUCAUUUCAACUGUACGGUCAAGUGAAGAUAGAUUUGAAGAUGAUCGAUAUUUUUUGGGUUUUUUAUCCAACUCAAAAAGAUUUAAUGUUGCAAUCACCAGACCCAAAGCUUUGCUGAUUGUACUGGGAAACCCUCACGUUCUUGUCCACGAUCCCUGUUUUGGAGCUUUGUUGGAAUACAGUAUCACCAAUGGUGUUUACACAGGAUGCAACUUACCUCCCGAGCUGCAGUCUCUGCAAACCUCUGGCUCGAUGGUGGCGGCUCCCCCCUCCCUGCCCAGUGCCCAGCAGUGCCAGGAUCCUUAG